GGGCUGGGCAUCAAGGUCGACGAAUAUAAUAGUUGGAUCGUCCUACAGCCUGUGAGAACCUCUUUGUCUGCUCAGGACCAGUGCUUCAUCUGAAAUCGGCCAGUAGGGUAACUCAUUUCUCGAGUGGACCCACAAGGCGAAACAAACGGACGAAUUUGAUUCACAGCUGGUCGGUCAAACAAGGUUGACCCAUUCUUUCGACAUGCGCACAGACAUAGAGAGCAUCGAUAGCGACCGCAAAUGGAGCUUGAAGCCACUCAUCCACAAGGCUGAGCGCCAGCAUAGGCGUUUGCCAGGAAUUAGGAAGAUCCCCCUCCGUGCUAUCGCUAUUAUACUGCUCAUUGCAUUCAUCAAUAUCAUUGUUUGGAUUGCUGCAGCUAUCGUAUUGCGCUAUCAUCCGUGCGUUUCAUUUCUUUACCAUCCUCGAACGGGUCCAACCGAUAUGCGUAUCAAGCUGGUCUCUACGGCUGUACUUGCCUACACUCUUGGUCUCAGACAUGCCUUUGAUGCAGACCAUAUUUCGGCCAUCGAUUUGAUGACCCGAAGACUGCUUGCAACUGGACAGAAGCCUGUUACAGUGGGCACAUUCUUCUCACUUGGUCACUCGACGAUUGUCAUCAUCACCUCCAUCGUUGUCGCUGCCACUGCCGCUGCUGUUUCAUCGAAAUUUGACAGUUUCAGCACAAUUGGUGGAAUCAUUGGCAGCUCUGUCAGUGCUGCCUUCUUGAUAUUGCUCGGUAUCAUGAAUGCCUAUAUCCUGUACAAGUUGAUCAAGCAAAUGCAGAAAGUCUAUAACCUGCCCGAGGGCCAGGAAGAUGAAGCUUGGAAGAUUGAAGGCGGAGGCAUUUUGUUCUCUGUUUUGAAGAAGAUGUUCAAGUUGAUCGAUCGGCCAUGGAAGAUGUAUCCCCUUGGCAUUUUAUUCGGACUGGGCUUCGAUACCUCAUCAGAGAUUGCGUUGCUUGGUAUUUCCUCGGUGGAGGCUGCCAAAGGCACAUCAUUCUGGGUCAUUCUGAUCCUGCCCGCGCUUUUCACAGCUGGAAUGUGUCUCCUCGAUACCAUCGACGGCGCUCUUAUGUUCUCUCUCUAUAUCCAACCUGCCGCAAACUUCCUACCCGCCAAGCGAACCAGCUCAACUUCGGAGGAUUCAGCCGACAACGAUGGCGAUGAGCUCCCUCAGUCCCAUGAUAAUCAUCGCGACCCCAUCGCCUUCCUUUACUAUUCCAUCGUGCUCACCACCUUGACGGUCAUCGUGGCUAUCGUGAUCGGUGUGAUCCAGCUACUGACCAUGAUCCUCAAUGUCACUGAUGCUAAGGGUAAGUUCUGGGAUGGUGUGCAGACAGCGGGAGACUACUACGAUGUCAUCGGUGGAUCGAUCUGUGGCUGCUUUAUCAUCUUCGGUGGAUUGAGCGUGUUCUUGUACAAGCCCUGGCGGCGCUGGAUGGCCUGUCGCCACGGAAAGCCACUUAUCACUCAUAAUGAGGGAAACCAGGAUGGUGCACCUGGAUUUGAUGGAGAUAGCGAUGUUAUUGUUCACGAGACAAGUGGCAACGCUGAGGAGGCACGGACUGAGGUGAUGGGGAAAGGAUCUUCAUCAAGGGUUGCUGUGAAGGAAACCAAUGAGCGCCGUAUUGAGGAGGAGCUUGUCUAGACCAUUUUCUCUCGCAAGACUAGGCCAGCAUUGCUUUUAUAGACAGACAGGUAUAUUGCGUUGCUAAAUGGUAAGAAGUUCAGAAGCUAUUCGGGGUAUAAUUCCACUGUGGCCUCAGGCAGAAAGCAUGUGACGUCAGGCAAGAGAUGCUCGUAUUCUUCUCAGUUCUCUUAAAUGAUCAAGGAUGCACAUAUGUGCCAG